GUAGCGCUGUGUUCACCGCAGGCUCCCAAGUUGAGCGACUCUCGUCGUCCCACUCGCGCCAUCUCUUGAGUGGAUGUAGACACGUUUGAGGUUCCAAGACAAUGACAAUAAUAUACUUUAUACAGUAAUAUAUGCGAUAUUGAGAUGUGAUAUUGGAGGAUUAGGGUGUAUGUUGACACUAUGGCGGAGUGGCGGCGGCGAGGCGUUGCCAGGGAGACCGGCCUGCCUCUGGUCUCCACGUUUGCGCUACUCACUAUAGUUGCAGGUCAGCUGCAGGGGUCGGGCUACAGCGACCCCGAGCCGGAAUUCCUGUCGCCCCUGGAGAACAUUACUGUGGCCCAGGGUAGAGACGUCCAUUUCACCUGCACUGUCAAUCAUCUGGCCGGUUACAAGGUGGCUUGGAUAAAGUCCGAUACGAAGACAAUCCUGGCGAUACACACGCACAUGGUUACCCUCAACCCGCGGCUAUCGGUGACACACAAUGGCCACAACACGUGGAAACUCUACAUCAGCAAUGUCGAGCCGAAGGACUCCGGCACGUAUAUGUGCCAGAUCAACACGGACCCCAUGAAGAGCCAGAUGGGUCACCUAUCCGUCAUGAUACCGCCGGAGAUCGCGGACGACGACGGCUCCGAAGGCAGCACAGUAGAAGGUGGCGCUGUGGAGCUGCGCUGCACUGCAACUGGUGUGCCCGAGCCUACUGUGUCCUGGAAGCGGGCAGGCGGACGCACCAUCGUCUUCCGAGAUGAGAUGGGCACCGAAGUUAAAGAAGUACACAACUUCGUGGGUUCUACACUAAGCCUGAAAGGACUGAAGCGCACGGACAUGGGGUCGUACUUGUGCAUCGCGGCCAACGGAAUCCCCCCAACCAAGAGCCGCCGGUACGAGGUCUCUGUCAUGUUCAAACCGAUGGUGCGAGCUGCGAGCCUCGUGGUGUGGCGCGCGGCGGACAUGCAGGUGACGCUUCAGUGUUACGUCGAGGCCUACCCGAGACCGCUCACCACCUGGCAGCGAGGAGACUCCGGUGCAAAGCUUCUCAAUAGCUCGAAGUACGUGAUAUCGGAGUACGUACUGAACGAGUACGCGGUCCGCAUGAACAUCACCAUCAGCCGGCUGCGGCGGAGCGACUUCGGCGAGUACACCUGCUUCGCCGGCAACGCGUAUGGGUCUGCCAACGCGACGAUAACGCUGAAAGAGACGCCACAGAAAACCACAACAACAACGACGACAACUACGACAACAACAACUACAACAACAACAGAACGGACAACAACCGUCACAACAACAACGCGACCACCGAAGCGCCACCUCAAGAAGCAGCCCGACCGAAGCCAGAACGCGCUCGACGUAGACCUGCUACGAAGUAACCUUAACACUCGCUACGGCGCUACGAACAGUAGCAAUGAGUACGCACAGCGAACAGAGAGACAGAAAGUCCGCCCGUCCGGACCACCCCGACAUUUAGUCGGAUUUAGCAACGACGUGCGAAAAUAUCUCUCACAUUAUCUACUACUUUUACUAUUGUCUCUAAAUAUUCUCAUAUAAAUGUUUCUUUCGUCUUAGCUGUGCAAAUAGUGAUAAAAUCAUGGCUGUUAAAUUUUUAUUAGUAUUAAGUAUUUGAAAGUUGUUUGAAGGAAAUGUUGAAAAUGUUUAGGACAGUAUA